CGUAUGACGAGCGUAAAAAUAAAAAGAAGCACGUGCAUUUUCCGAAGUACUCGGAUAUAAUCGGUACCGGUGACAACAAUAAAAUCGCGAGCAAGCUUUCGGGAAAGUGUGGUUUAAUGGUUGGUUCAGGAAAAAUCGGUUUGAUCGUCACCUUUGGUAGUAUUUUAAAACUAAUGAUCAGUUUUCGACGGCUGCUAGUAGUUACGGGAUGAUCAGACGUAGUGAAGUGUGAAAGUCGUUUAUUAAAGGGCAUUUCAGUUCCUAAUACUAACUGCCAGGAAGGGUGAAAAACUGCGCAGAAAGUUUUCCAACUGAUCGAGCUACUGAAUGAGUCGCGUCAAGUUCCUCUAGGAGAGUACGCUCGUAUGCUCAUUAUUCAGAAGAAUAGUAGCAGGACAAUUACAGACAAUUGAACGUAAUUUUUCUCACCUCCGUCUAAGACAAUCCAGCCGUCGUAGUUGUUUAUUUUUGCCGGCACUUACUUUGCACAUUGCGGGGUAGAAGAUAUUUGUCUGGAACGGAACAGGGUACGCGUCGGUGCAGUGCUGUAAGUUGUUUACCUGUGCCUAUACUGGUGCCUAUACUAUUUUUUCGCGUGUCACCACGAAUCAAUUGCCGUUGAAUACGACCGAUGAUUAGAGGAUUUGAAGAAGAUCAGUGAUGAAUACCUUUAUGUCCCGCGGUUUCACUGACCUGCUGUGGGACUACGCAGUGUUCGCGGUGUUCAUAGUUUUCUCGACGCUGGUACCGCUCUGGGGUCGCUUCUUCGGCAAGAAGGAGAAAACCAAAGCGGACUAUGUGUUCGGCGUCGGCACGAUUUCGAUGGGCGCCAUGAUGCUGUCGAUAGCCCGGGGGACGCUCGGUGUACGGUCGUUUCUCGGCUAUCCGAGCGAACUGUUCUACCGGGGUUCCGCCAUGUGGGAAACACUGUACGGAAUGGUAACGGCCUACCCGAUUGUGUGCUUCGUGUUCAUUCCGGUUUAUUUUAACCUCGGAGUGACAUCGGUGUAUCAGUAUUUAGAUUUACGAUUCAACAGCCGAUUGGUACGAUGUCUAGCAUCAGGAACAUACAUCAUUCGAUCGCUACUGAAUUUGGGCGUAACCGUGUACACACCAACGGUAGCACUGAAUACCGUGAUAGGCAUCCCGUACUGGGCCUCACUACUAGGGAUCUCAGUUAUCAGUAUUAUCUUCAACAUACUAGGAGGACUGAAAGCUGCCAUUACGGCCGAUGUAAUACAGGGAGUUACUAUGAUCCUAAUAUCCAUAGCGAUCAUUAUCCAAUCAAUGGUGACGGUUGGUGGUUUCGGGGAAAUAUUUACAAUCCCAGCGGAACAUGGCCGCCUGAAUUUCUUUAACUUUACUGGCGAUUUUACGAUCCGCGUGGACACGACUUCUGCCUGGCUGGGGCAGCUUUUCAUGUCGCUGAGUAUCUUCGGAUGCCAACAGAACUUUGUGCAGCGAUAUUUAAGCAUGAACACAUUCAAAGAUGUUCGUCGGACGCUGUUGAGCAACAUACCGGUUGUGAUCGCAUUGUUUUCACUUGCUUGGAUUGUCGGAAUGGGUGUCUUCUCUGUCUACGCCAACUGCGAUCCAAUGGCCGCUGGCUACACUAACAAAAUGGACGAAAUUUUACCGUUUUUCGUUGAGGAUAAGUUUUCCUACCUGCCCGGAGUGUUGGGAAUUUUCAUGGCAUCGCUUUUCAACGGUGCUCUGAGCUUAAACGUAUCCAACUUGAACUCGCUGGCAACGGUUACUUGGGAGGAUUUUCUGUCACAAUUACCACGGUUCAAAGGAAUUGGUGACAAGCAACAGUUGAACAUAAUCAAGUUUAUCGGUUCAAUCUAUGGAGUUAUGGUUAUGGGGGUCGGUUUUACUGUUGGUCUGCUCUCUGGCGUAAUUGAGAGCAGCAUGCUGAUGACCUCGGCUACAUCUGGACCACUGCUGGGAGUUUUCCUAUUGGCAAUGUUGGUUCCCGUGGCCAACUGGAAGGGAGCGGCUUGUGGAAUGAUUGUUUCGCAUAUCGUCACCUUAUGGAUUACCUUUGGCAGCUUGACUGUCGAUAAGGAAACCAUUUUGAUGCCAACUUCGAUAGAGGGCUGUACAAAUGAAACUUUCUCAUCCGGCAUUUUGAAACCGACUAAAUCGUGGCUGCUCGCCAACACUCCGCUGGAAAUUGAAUCUGACUUUUCCUACUUGGAUACAGCUCGUGAUGCUGAAUCCUCUGCGUCGCAAGGUUUUCUAGAAUCUCUGUACUCGGUGUCAUAUAUGUACUACAGCUUGAUCGGCACCUUCAUCACUGUUGUUGUCGGAACCAUCGUCAGUUAUUUGACGUCUCACAGAGACGAUGCGUAUGACCACAAACUACUUCACCCGGCAAUUUACCGCUUAAGUUUGAUGCUCCCCGGUAAAGAGCGUCGUUAUGUGAACAAUUCCGACAUUCGGCCGAAGGUAUUGGCAGCCCCCAAGGUACCGGUGUAUAAGCAGGAACAGGACAACCUAGGAUUUGAAAAUACACCCAGUGAUAACAAACCGGAAGUGUUUGUCGUAAAUCUGACCAGCAAUGAGAAAGUUGGCGAAACACAACGCAUUCCCGUGGAGGUAUACCGCAAGCUGGAUGAAAAUCUUAUCGAAGUUAGGACGUGAGGUCGGCUGCGAAAGAUUAUCAUUGGCUGAAAUCGCAGCUCAUUGAGUUUAUCAUUCGCUCGUUAUAAGACCAGUAGAACGUGAAAGACUGUGAUAAGACGUAAGCUAGAUGUUUAUAAGAUGACUUCCAUUACGCAGGAUGCAGCUGUUACAGUUACAGCUAGGGUAGAUAAGUUAUUCCUAGAGUUAUUCUGACAAGCCUGUUUCCCACUAAGUAAAUGUGUCUACUGUUAUGCUUAGAAAAUAGCUAAUAUUAUUUAGUAAUAAAAGGCCAGAUUGU